UUGGUGAUUACUCUAUAUGGUCUGAAUCCGAGGUAUCUGCAUUUCAAAACUCCGUUCUUGUUUCGGUAUUGAUCUGUCGAAGGAGGUUUCGGUUUUCUGGUGCUCCAGAAUCAGGUAGGAGACGUUUGCAUCAUCAUUUGUACCUGACAAAGUUGUUUGGGUAUAUCAGUAUUAUAAGCGCCUCUAUUUUCAUAUUUCAUGCAGAGAAGUGCUUGGAUAUAUAGAGCUAUUUAGCAUUCCUUUCUCAACAUUCAUUGCAAAAAUAAUGUUCAGUUAUCCGACAUAAAUGCAGUAUAGUUUUGGAGAUGAAAAGUUUUCAGGAAGCCUGUGCUUGAUGGACUGCUCACAUAACAGCAGUGACAAGAAAACUUUGAAGAGGUGGUUUUUCAUUGACAAAAGGGUUGGGUAAAAAUUAUCUGCAAGAGCGCUGUGAAAUUUCUGACACCAUUAAUCUUAGAAGAACCAGCUAAUUCAUUUCUUAAGCUUCAUACAAACGUUAUCAACCAUUUCUAGUAAUCUGGAUCCAAUGGACUUAAAAUCAAACCAUGCUGCUCCUGUUCUCACUGAUCCUGCACCCAUUAGCAAGUCAAGAUUAGGCAUCCAUUCCAGUCUGUUGCCUUACUCACCACCAGGAGCAGCAUUCUCUUCUGGCCUGUAUCCAACAAUGCCUAGGAAGAAACCCAUUCCUGGAAAACUUGAUGACGUCCGUGCCAGUGGGUGGCUUGACGCCAUGCAAUCUUCUUCACCUCCUCGCAAGAAGUUAACCAAAGAAUUGAAUGUUGAGGUUGCAUCAGAUGACACUGAUGUUGCUUACCGCUCCUGGAUGCUCAAGUAUCCCUCGGCACUUUCAUCUUUUGAGGGAAUCAUGAAUCAUGCCAAGGGGAAGAGGAUAGCAUUGUUUCUGGAUUAUGAUGGGACCCUGUCACCAAUUGUAGAUGAUCCUGACCAUGCGUUUAUGUCCAACACUAUGCGUUCUGCUGUAAGAACUGUUGCAAAGUAUUUUCCAACGGCAAUAAUAAGUGGAAGAAGUCGUGAUAAGGUGUUUGAAUUUGUAGGGCUAACAGAACUCUAUUAUGCUGGUAGUCAUGGGAUGGACAUCAUAGGUCCAGUCCAAAAUUCUGUGUCCGUUGGUGACCAUCCAAACUGCAUUAGAUCUACUGACAAGCAGGGUAAGGAAAUAUAUCUGUUCCAACCUGCUAGUGAGUUUUUACCCAUGAUCGAUGAGGUUUUUAGAUCCCUUGUCGAGAAAACUAAAGAAAUUGAAGGUGCAACAGUUGAGAAUAACAAGUUUUGUGUCUCUGUACAUUACCGUAAUGUAGAUGAGAAGAAUUGGACUACGAUUGCACAAUGUGUCCAUGAUAUAAUAAAAGACUACCCACGUCUGAGGUUAACCCAUGGGCGUAAGGUUUUAGAGGUCCGUCCUGUGAUCAACUGGGAUAAAGGGAAAGCCGUUGAGUUUCUACUAGACUCACUUGGGUUAAGCAAUUCUGAUGAUGUGCUUCCUAUGUAUGUGGGAGACGACCGGACAGAUGAAGAUGCAUUCAAGGUCUUGCGAGAGGGGAAUCGGGGUUAUGGUAUCCUAGUGUCUUCUUGGCCAAAAGAAAGCAAUGCAUUCUACUCUUUGAGAGAUCCAUCUGAGGUAAUGGAAUUUCUCAUUUCCCUGGUGAAAUGGAAGCAACCCAUGGAGCAUGUAAAAUAGGAGGAGGAGCACAAUAUGGGUUCACACAUAGUUAUAUUUCUGUAGUAGUUCCUGACAAAUAAAAUCAGGGCGGGCGAGGAGUUACUCAAAGAGUUUAUAUUUCAAGCUAGCAUCUGGAUAUGCAAUGUCUCACCGUGUCCAAGUAUUGCUCAGUGCUCAUCCUCCUUUAUACAUGUUUUACCUCCCAGCUAAUGGCUCUGAUAUCUCCGGUCUCCAAAUGUGUUAAAUCAUUUUUUCCACUCUUCUACCAUUUUUGGACCUAGCGUUCAUCUAUUGGAUAAUUAUUGAAAUUUAAUUGUAUC